AUGGGAGAGGUGCAUGACGGAGAUGCGACAAUGGACUUUUUACCGCAGGAACGUCAGCGGGGGAUCACGAUCGGUGCAGCUGCCAUCAGUUUCUCGUGGCGAGAGCAUCAUAUCAACUUGAUUGAUACUCCGGGUCACGUGGACUUUACGAUCGAAGUGGAGCGAGCAGUGCGUGUUUUGGACGGAGCGAUUGCCGUGCUGGAUGGUGUAGCGGGCGUCGAAGCUCAAACGGAGACGGUCUGGGAGCAAGCAGAGAGACAUAACGUGCCACGUAUCGCGUUUGUCAACAAGUUGGAUCGCGCUGGAGCGAGCUUCGCAAAGUCGUGUGAGUCGAUUGAAGCUAAGUUCGGAGUGCAGACCUUGUGUGUGCAGCUGCCUGUAGGGGAAGAAGCCGAGUUCGAAGGUGUGCUAGAUCUCGUGGACAUGCAGUUGCUCAAGUGGACGGACGCGGUAGGCAUAGAGAUGCAGCGGUUGCCGUUGAUAUCGUCAGCAAGUGGCACGAUCGCAAGUUUGUAUGAGCGAGCACUUGAAGGACGUCAAGUGCUCAUCGAACGCGCCUCGAAUUUCGAUGAUGAGCUCGGUGAACUAUUUCUUAUGGAAGAGGAGAUCGACAACCAGACCUUGAAAGCAGCUCUACGUCGCAUCACGGUGCAGCGUGGUAUGGCAUCUCAAGUCGUCGUGACGCUUUGUGGCAGUGCGUUGAGAAACAAGGGCGUGCAGCCGCUACUUGACGCUGUAGUAGACUAUUUGCCGUCGCCUUUGGAUCUAUCCCCGUUCGAAGCGCACACCGUCGAUGGUGAUAAAUCAACUCGUGUUCGUGCCUGUGGUUCGAACAACAAAGCAGUUCAAGUCAAAGCAUCUGCAAGUGAGCCGCUGUGUGCACUUGCCUUCAAGGUGCAGCACGAUCGGCAGCGCGGUCUGGUGGUUUUCUUUCGCGUAUAUUCGGGUGUGCUGAAUGCCAAGUCCCAGCUGAUAAAUGCCUCCCGCGGUGGUCGCAAGGAAAGGUUGACGAGAUUGAUGCAUGUUGCUGCAGACGACGAGGAGAUUGUAGAAAGCAUUUCAGCUGGCCACAUUGGCGCUGCUGUAGGACUGAAGCACACGUUCACAGGUGACACCUUGGUGAGUGCGAAGGACGCAGCACGUCAGAUCGUGUUGCUAGGAAUUCAAGUUCCUAAGCCCGUGUUUACGUGUUCGAUCGAGGCCGAGUCGUCUGCUAAGCAGAAAGACCUCGAUACAGCGCUGGAGUACUUGCAGCGCGAGGACCCAAGUUUUGUAGUUUCAAUUGACCAUGAAAGUGGCCAAACACUCAUGUCUGGCAUGGGAGAGCUUCAUCUCGAUAUCAUCAAGGAGCGACUACGCAGCGACUAUAAGCUGGAACCUUGCGUUGGUGCUAUGCGUGUUGCUUACCUGGAGAGCAUUGCGACUUCUGUUGUUUUACCGUACACGCACGAUACCGUGAUGGGAACGGACCGCCACUUUGCCAAGUUGACAGUCCGCGUGGAUCCGCUGCUUGAGCACCAAAGAGAGGACCGAGAGGACGACGACGGCGUUGCUGAUCAGAACGAUAGCAAUGUCGUACAAUGGGCGAACCAGGGUGCGAAAAAGAUGCCUCGUGCCUUUGCUAUGGCAAUCGAAGAAGGUCUGUGGGCUGGGCUAAGUCGCGGAGUCCUAACACCGAAUCGUGUUGCUCAUGUAAAGGUCACGGUGGAUGAAGUCGAUUGCGAAUGGGAUUCCGACUCGAGUGCAGCAUCUUUUCGCGCGGCGGCUGCGCUUUCACUCAAGCAAGCCCUGAAAGAAGCAGAUCCGGUCAUCCUGGAGCCACUGAUGAAGCUCGAAGUGCGUUGCCCUGAUCGCUGUGUGGGCGAUGUGCUUGCUGAUUUGAGCUCUCAAAGGCGUGCACAUAUUAAAGAGGUGGAGUCAGCUUCUGGUGGUGACGGCGUCGAUUCCAUUAGUGACCGCGGUCGCUCCAUAGUGCAUGCGCACGUUCCAUUGGCACAUAUGGUCGGCUACGCAACAGUAUUGCGCUCGAAGACCCAGGGCGAAGCUUCUUUCGGUAUUCAAUUCGUACGCUAUGUUGAAGUGGACCCGGCUACUCGUGACCGUAUGACGGGACAUCUUCACAAAGGUCUCUGA